CCUCGUCCCUCUGACCCAUCAAAGAUAGUAGAGAUCAAACUUUACUCUACCGCCCCUGAUGAUACCACCCGUUUCAACCUCAUGAAAUUCAACUAUGCUCGUGAAUUCGACCCAUUGACACUUCCCGACCCACUCUUGACUCGAAAACAACCUGGGGAAAGGAUAAAACCUACCAUCGCUUUGGAUGACAAUGGGAAUGUCAUCGGCAAGUAUGUGUAUGACAACAAUGGGAAACUUCUACUUGGAGCAGAUGGACGACCAAUCAUCGAGCACAUAGAGACGAUGGAUGUGAACCUUGUGGGACAAGCAAAAGGUGUGCAAGAGGGAUCAGGAUCCAGGAGAAAGUUUCGUAAUACUGCUAGAGAGGUGUUUCAUCAAGAUGUUGAAACUGUCAAGUUAAAGAGGGAAGAGGCACAGCCGUGGGUCCUCGAAGCUAAGACACCCAGAGAGAAACCUCCUAUUCCAGAACAUUGGGUGGGUAGAAUGGUGGAGGGGUCGACGCUUCCGAUGGUUCUGUUCGUGAACGAGGGUAAAAACGACGGUUUCAGUGUCGUCCCUUUAGGAAGAACAUAUAGGUUUAAUCCGGAACGUCCGUUCAAAGUACUUGAUUCAGACGAGGCGAACAAACUGUUCGAAUUCCAGGCCAAAAAUAAAUUUGUUGACCGGUGGAGUCAAAGACCUGACGGAGCAUCUUCCGUCGCUCAAAUCAAACCUGAACCUGGAAUGGAUAAUCGGGCCGCGAGAAUAGAGCAGCGUGUUCUACAAAAACAUGGGGAAUCUAGCACAUCUCGUGUUAAAGUGGAACGUUACGAGGAUGAUUAUUUGAGGGAAGGACGAGCAGUUCAACUGGGCGUGGAAGGUGGUAUAGAUGAAGAACUUGAUUUUGACGCCAACGAGCAUUUUCAAGAUGACGACGAUGUGAAUGAUUUCCAUCGUAAUGACGAAGAAGAAGAAGAGGCCAAGCUUCAAGAAGAAAAACUCAAGAAAGAAUUCAGAAUGGCCAAUGCGAACGUUGGCGAUAAACCUCAAAUUGAUUCCGGUUCAGACUCCGAUGACUUGUUUGGAGAUAAGGAACAAAAAUUGACUCAAGAGGGUAAACGAGUUCGAAAGAUGAUGCGUAAACGUGGUGAGAAGGGGGAUGAAGAGUUAUGGAGAUCUUCUUCAUCUUCCGAGAGUGAUAGCGAGUCGGAUUCUGUGAAAACGGAAAAGAAAGAGACCGACGACAAAGACACAGAUAAGGAAAAAGGACUGGAAACUUCUGCCGCUGAGAAAGAAGUCAGAUCUAGGGCGAAUUCCAGAGGUCCAAACAAUGGUCGUCCCACCGCUUCUCCCUCUCGUCGCUCUCAUACCCCAGCUGUGACGUCUCAACCUGGGUCUGGUGCCGCUCUGGUGGCUCAACGUGCUACGGGUCAAGAUACUCCCCAUCGGUCUCGCGGAAACAGUCCCAUUUCACGAUCACGGACCCCUACGGAUGCUCGCAGUGCGUCUCCCACUCCUCGAGGUGUCUCUCCCAGUCUUUCUGGGGCAGUGUCACCUUCGAAGACCCGACCAACUCAGAAGAGCCGUGAUUCCAGCUCAAAAUCACAAUCUCCCAAUCUCGAAUCCGCCAGUGCGCAAGGGUCAUCGUCAGCCCUCCAACCUGGAACGGGAACUUCGAAUAAACGGAAAACCUCACCGACACCUCCUUUCCCCAGCGACAACCGAUUGAACAAAAAGAAAAAGCGAUUGUCAGCCACUCCCACACCUGGCCCGGAAGUGGAGCCGUUCGAAGGCAUGAUCACUCCUCAAGAGGUGGUCGCCUGGUUCAAAGAGGUUGGUAAAUCUCACACAGGAGUAGCAAUGAACGAUCUUGUUUUAGGUUUCAAAAAACGUAUAUUGGCGAGUGGGGAUAAGAAGGAUGAACAGCAGAAAAUGUUUUUGAGUAGCGUGAGAAGCGUCACAGAACAAGGGGACGGUAAGAUGAUGCGUCUGAGACCAGAGUAU